AUGGUUUCGGUGCGCCCACUUCAUACUAUUGCGGCUGGAGGAGCAUACAAGCUUGGGAAUGAGCACUGGCGAGCAUUAUGGACUGUCGCGGCGUAUGGCAUAGGGACAUAUGUUUGGUCAGAGGUUGCCCUGAGACCGCUCGAUAAAUUGGAACUUGAUCCUCAAGAAGAUGUAACAAGGGUCCAAAAGUCCACUAGAUCUUUGGGCGCCAAUGGCGUGGAAGAUGACAUUGAAGAAGGAGAGGAGGCGGAUGAACCAAUAUUCAUUCCGCUUGGACUGCCCCGCCUGGUAGAAGGGGAAUUUUACGCCGGAAACGAUCCUGAAUGGCAAACCUUUAUCAAGCUAUCCAAGGAUGCGGACUCACUGAAUGCUCUUAAAGACCAGUUGGCAGAUGGUAUAUCAGAAGCACUCUCAAAAGACCUUCGUAUCACCAGUCGAGUAGGGAAACCUCUCAAAGUGAGGUAUAGCUAUCUGCGCCAUGAAUUUCCAUUUAGAGCGCCGCCAACCUAUGUGCGAUCUGGAUUAGAAUUGUCUGAUGAUGGCCUUAAAUGGACAUCGCAAUCCUUACCCGUAGAGAAAGGUGACUUGAUAUGGAACGUCCUUGAACCAUUUCGGAUCACAGCGACAUUCAUACGCGCUGCCCAUUUCUAUUUCCUAAUAAAACGCACGAGGCUGGAGAACUACCUGAAGAGGCUACGUUCCGGCAAUAACGACCAAUCCGAGGGCCAGAACCAAACGGAAGAGCCCUUCAAGGUCUCAUACCCUUUAACGCUUCCCCUUCUAUCCCGGGUUUCCAGAAGCAGCGGAGGCACAUCAGCCUUAAAUCACCCCAAUAUGCAGGGUAAGCCAGAUGCCAAACGCACUGGUCCCUUUCAGCCACUUGUCAUCCACGAUGAGACAUCCAGAGGAGAAUAUAAACGAAAUGAUAGCACUGCUGAUCUACGUGCCGCUGCGUCAUUGUUCUUAUUCCUGCUGAAAAAAUCCCCUGGCCGGUAUGAAACCCCACCUCCCGGGGUAUUCUUAAUUGAAGGAAUGAUAUGCUUCAAUGGACCAAGAGGACAAUGCAAUGUCUUUACGCAUGCAUUUUUCGACCCGAAGGGGGAUCAAUUUGGUGCUGUUGUUAAUACGGUGUUUGGAGCGGACCUUAGGACCUUCUUUUCGCAACUGGAACCUGUAUGGAUAGAGCUAUAG